AUGGCUGCACUGCCGGGAGAGCAGCCUGAUUGUAAAAGUUGGCCCACAAGCGAACACCUUUUUCAGGCAGCAAAAUUCAGUAAACAUCCAGAGCUUUGCGAACAUAUUAGGAAUUGUAGGACUGCGAGAGAUGCACUGAAUAUGGCGCGACUAUAUCAACAAUAUGUUGACCCAAAUUGGCAAAAUAUCAAUAUACUCGUGAUGGAAUGGGUUGUCACACAAAAAUUUGAACAACAUCGGAAACUGGCAUUAUUGUUGUUAUCAACAGGUGAUUAUGAACUCGUAGAACAUACAGAGUUUGAUUGUUUUUGGGGAGACGGGGGCGGUGGUAAUAAAGGACGCAACGAACUUGGUAACGUCUUAAUGCGAGUUAGAAAAAAGCUGAGAGAAAUGCCACAACUUAACGCUGAGAUUAAUGCACCCGUGAAUGUGGGUUAUGUUAAGGACAAUUCAGGACAUAUGAUUUCGGGAGCUCAUAAUCCAUCAAUAUCUAGAAACCACUCAAAUCAAAUGUAUUAUAUGGGAUCCAACAAUUCAUGGGUUCAUGUGAAUAACUCGGAUACUCCACCACCAUUACCUCCACGUACUCAAUCACAAACGUCACAGCAAUACCAACAAAUGCCACCACAACAAAUAUCGCAGCAGCAACAAAUGCAACAGCAGCAGCAAGUAUUACAACAACAGCAACAAAUGUCACAGCAACAGCAAUUAUUACAACAACAGAUGUCACAACAGCAGCAAAUAUUACGACAUCAGAUGUCGCAGCAGCAAAUGUCACAACAGCAUCAAAUAUUACAGCAACAGCAGCAGCAAAUGUCACAACAGCAACAAAUUUUACAACAGCGGCAACAAAUGUCACAAGAGCAACAACUAUUACAACAACAAAUGUCACAACAGCAACAACUGUUACAACAACACAUAUUACAAAAUCCAUCAAACUACCCACAAGCGAUAAUGAAUAAUAACGACAACCAUAUAGAUUCCAGUAACAUAUACGCGCCCCCCCAAUACCAUAAUUAUAUUUAA